AUGAGUGAUGUCACAGACGAUGUAGGUCAAGAAAAAGUAACAAAGUAUAUCGUUGUAAACUGUGCUCAUACCCGUUAUCAUGUAGUGCGAGCUGCAGCAGUCUCACUUGGUUGGUACGUUGAGGAUGAGGAAAGUGAAAAUGUUCCACCCGAGUUUCACGGUGUUGCACUAAAGAAAGAUAUGCGUCCGAUAUGUAAACGUCUUUCUUCACGAGGUAUGAAGUAUGACCCUACUACCACCCCACAGAUUUUGUGGUUCGAUAAGAGUGUGCUAUCAGUACGUGUUUCUGCGCUUUCUUGUCGUCAUCGCAUCAACCAUUUCCCUGGUAUUCACAUUAUCGCACGUAAGGCAGUGCUUUUUAAACGAAUUAUGCGCAUUAGACGUCAAUUAAAUCUUUCAUUACCUCUUGUAUCUGCUCUUAGAGCCUUUCCAUGGAGUUUUUCAACAGCAACAGAGAUGCUUCAACUUGAACGUUUGCUUUCUAAUAAAAAUCAACAAGAACAAUAUCAAAUAGGUGAAAAUCCAUAUUUUAUCUUAAAACCGGGUAAAGGGUGCCAGGGAAAAGGUAUUGUCGUAACACCAGAACCAUUGCAAACACUAGAACAGGUUAGAAAGAAUACAGGAGAUGAUUGGUUGGUGCAACUGUAUGUGACACCUCCUCUAUGCAUAGAUCGAAAAAAGUUUGAUCUGCGUAUUUAUGUUCUUAUAACCUCCGUAGUAAUGGGAAAGCCUCCGAAACGAGGUUUUUCUUCUGCAAUGAGUUCUAACAAAAGCAAUCUUGACAGAAAUCUAUUGGAAGGUCUACAAGUGUUUGUUCAUAAUGAAGGACUGGUACGUAUCUGCGCAGAAGAAUAUUCUUCCCCUAAUAAAACGAAUUGUGAUCAGUCGAGUAUUCAUCUCACAAAUUAUGCAGUGAACAAGGGUUUAGAAAGUUUUUCAGUGGGGCAGACAACAAAAGAUGAUAGCUUCGGUAUAUGUGAAGGUAACAAACGCGAUUUUAAAUUUCUAAAAAAUUAUAUUAAUGCAUUACCUCAAAACUCUAUAGAGUGUAAUGAGGUGAAUAAAAACUCUGGAACUAACCUAUGGGAAUAUGUUCUGCGUCGUAUUGAUAUGUGCAUAAUGUUAACAAUUCUUUCUGGUUGGGAAGAGUUGCAGCGGGAGUUCAUCGUCACCGGCGCAUCGCGGGGUUCACGUAGUGAUAGUCGAAACUGUUUUGAACUCUUGGGGUUUGAUUUGAUGCUCACCGCUGGGUUAGAUCCUGUUCUCAUGGAAGUGAAUCACUCACCCUCUCUUUUCUGUGAUACUGACUUUGACUUUGAGACGAAACACCACGUGGUGAUGGAUGUAUUUCGGCUGCUUGAGCCGUAUGUGCCGUCCAUUGAAAACUGUGAUGAUGCCUCCUACGCCGCAUACCAGGCAAUGGCACAGGUGAAGAAGAAGAACAGCAGCAGCAAUGGGAGUGGAGAAAAUGGAUUUCGACAAAUAUCUCCGCAACGUAGUACUGGUGCUGUGUGGGGUGAAGAGGAGAUGAGUGUAUUUGAGGAGAUGCUGCAUCAUGCGCGGCAAAGGUGA